ACAAUCUACAACAAAUUUAACUAUUUGUUUUUCAUUUUGGCAUAGAAACGACACGACACAAAAUUUACAGCAUGUGCCUGAAACAUCAGUAAAGGCGCGACGGCAGCCAAGUGAAUGCAGGAUACACCUGGAGUGAGUCUGCAGCGUGUGGGAAUCGACGUGGAAACUGAAGGAGAGGAGCAACCAUGUUCAAGCUAGAGUCCUACAUCACCCCCAUUCUGCUGAGCUACGUGGCCAAGUACGUAAAGAACUUCCGUGACGAAGAUGCCCAGGUGUCGCUGUGGGAGGGCGAGGUGACGUUCCAGAACCUCGACCUGCGCCUGGAGGUGCUCGAGGAGGAGCUCAAUCUGCCCGUGGAUCUAGUUUCGGGGCACAUUCACGAGCUGAGCAUCCAGGUGCCAUGGACAAAGCUAAUGUCGGAGCCGGUCAAGAUAAUCAUAAACACAAUUGAGUUUGUGGCCAAGCUGCCCGACGAUGUGAGCAGGCAGCGGCGCGCCGCGUACCAAAAGGAGCAGCAGCGCAAGGCGAAAAAGGCCGCCAUGGAGGCGGAACAGCAGCAGAAGGGAGCCGCUCCCGCCUCCAGCUCGGUCGUGGUCAACAAGAUAAUCAACAACAUCACGCUGCAGUGCCACAACAUCAUUCUGAAGUAUGUCGAGGACGACAUUGUGGUGUCCAUGAAUGUCCAGUGCCUGAACUUCAGCCCCGCCGGAGAGAACUGGAAGCACACGAUGGUGGAUGUGCAUCCGGUGUCGGUGUUUAUGCGCAGACUGCUGCAAAUAUCCGAUCUAACCAUCUGCCUGGACAAGCGGAACACUGCGGGCAGGAUUGAGGUGUGCCAGGAGCCGGUCCUCUAUCGCUGCACCCUGGAGUGCCGCGUCCUGCGCAAGUACAACGUCAACACAGUCAGCACCUCGAGCACGACGAGGAUCGGAGUCUUCACCAAGGCAUUGGACAUCAAUGUAUCCUCGCUGCAGUUCCCCAUGGUCAUGCGUCUGAUCAAAAUGCUGCUGGAACUCAAGCCAGCGGAGAUGGAGGAGGAAAUCAUGAACCUGGACGACCCAGAGGAGUCUGCGGAGGGCAAUGAAACGCCUGCGGGUGGUGCACAGCCCGAGAGCCAGAGCUAUCUGUGGUGGGCGUGGAACCUUUUGCCCAGCUUCGAGUCGCAGGCCCCAGCCAGUGCGGACGAGGAGAUCUUAGGCCAUGCCUUCGACAUGGGCAUCUAUGCGGAGGAGCUGAACUUUCAGCUGAAGAACUCGGAGUACUUCACCGAUCAGGCCAUGGGCGGCAUAAAGCGGAUCCGCUACACGCCCAUCCUGCGCAUCAGCCUGGGCGGCAUCUACUACGAGCGAUCGCUGCUGAAGGAGAACGAUUGGACGAACGUGAAGGCGGGGCUCUCGAGCAUUUGCAUGGAGCCACUGGGCGCAUACAGAAGCGAAGAUCCAGUCGAUCGGAUGCUGGUCAACACCCGCGAGGCCCUCAAGGAGCGGUCGUUCAUUGACAAGAGCCUCUUCGACGAGAACUUUAUGUUCUCGGAUCGCACCUGGUGCAGCCACAACUACGAGGACUACGUGGCCAGGAACACCGAUGAGUACAUGCUCUUCCGCAGCCCCGUGCUAUCGUUCGACAUUGUCGAGUAUCGUGCGCCGAGGCCGAACAGCCAUCCGCUGGCCGAGAGCCAGCUGAAGGAUAUGGGACUGCGCAUUCAGUAUCGACUUCUGUCUGCUGGCAUCACUUUCCACUUCUCACAGUCGUUUCUGCAGGUUAAGAAUGUAAUUAGCGAUUUAUUGCGUCCUUACGAUUACACGGGAUAUCAUUCAGAGUCGAUCAAAGUCGCCGCCACAGUCGAGGAGCCACAGCAACAGCCCCCUGCCCCGCCGGAGCACAAGAACACAGACAUGACCCUGGCGGACUUGGAGUACCUCAUUGGCUGCGCGCCCACCUGCAACUACAAGAUUGAGCUGCGCAACAUGACCAUUCAGCUGUACCCGCGCCAGCAGCCAGAGGAGUCCUCGGCGGCCAAUCAGCAUCAGCUGGCGACCACCGUCAAGCAAUCCCUGCUGCCGUAUCUACAGCUCAAGCUACCCUUGGUGGAGGGCACGCUGUGCGGGCCAGUGAACGCCCAUCGUCUCGUGCAACUGAUUACCCCGCUGCAGGACAAGCCGCGGGAGCUCAUCAAUUCGUGCUACAAUUGCUAUCGAUUCAAUGUGAAGAACCUCACUCUGAUGAUACUGAACACGACGCCGGAGAACGGCCGCGCCAAGCUGCUGAACAUUCCACGUAUGCAGUUGAACGUCAAUCGCCUGCUGCUGCCCCAUCUCUGGCGACCCAACGAUGCAGCGUUGGAAACGGCGGAGAUCCAAUCGGAGAUCCUCACUCUGGAGUUCUCGAAGCGCGAGUUGAUCCUCGCCAAGCGCAUUGUUCCCCUUCUAACGAGCUUCAGCGGCACAGAGCUGUGUGCUCUGUCCCAGCUUGUGGCCCAGUCUACGCCCUCUUCGGAUGUGAUCAAGCUGCAGACGCUGGCCACAAAGUUGCAGCUCAAUUGCCACAAAUAUCACACGCAUCUCUCGGCCAAUGUGUCGCUGCGCAGCCUCAACACCGAUGUCUACCACUCGAAGAUGAACAUGCGGAAUGUGGUGCUGUCCACCACCAAGGACCUCAACAACAAGUGGAUAGAGGUGCAGCUACAGCUGCCGUUACAGGAGGCAGCAGCCGUGGAACAAGAGCGCAUGCCGGGCACUGUCUUGUGCCUGUGGGUGGAACCCUUUCGCCUCACCACGGACAUCUAUCUGCUGCAGUUUCUCAAUUUUCCAGAACACAAAGAGAAGAAGAAGUCCAUGGAAAAUGAGCUGGAAAUGGAAGUGGAGGCUGCCACCAGCCAGUCCGAACUGCAAUUUCCUCAAUCUGUGUCAAACUAUUCCACAAUAUCGGCCACCGCGUUGCCCCUGCAGCCGCGUCGCAUCAGCCGCAACAAUAGCCGCAAGAUCUCCGUGCCAGAGGAGACUGUGCACCUCAGCUCGGAGCGGGAUGAGCGACACACACAAACGGAACCCAUAACUGGCUUACUGACCGACAGUAAGAGUGAGCAGAAGAGUGGCUUUGAUCUUGGUCAGCUGGUGAAGCGACUCAGCUCCAUGGUGGUGGUCGUGGAGAUUGCCCAAGUCCGUGUAGACGUCUGCGAUUUGAUGGUGCGCAAGAGCCCGACGGAGACUGAUGUGGAGUACACAUCGAUACGGCUGCCACGCAUGAAGAUCAAAUCCAGCAACUUUGACUUUAUUUCGCGUGGCAACAUACGAAGCGUCAUUCUGGUGGCUGCCAAAGCGGAUCUCAUCAAUUGGGUGAUAGAUCUCAACGAUCUGAAUGUGUGCUACUGCAGAGGAGACGCCACAGAAUUGGUGCUGGAACCAGUGAGGACAACCAUCACGCUGGCCAUGUCCCAUAAGUUAGCAGAAGAGAAGCAGCAGCAACAGCAACAUUCCAAAAAGACAAACGAGGAGGAGCAGAGCAAGGACAAACCUGUCGAACCUGAGCGCGGCUUUGGUACUUAUUCAAUCAAUGUGCACGUGGACAUGUCGCCCAUCAAUAUUUUCGCUCGAAGGUUGAAACUCCUGCACGAACAUUAUAAAAUCAUAACCGAGAUUCACAGAUCUCUCAGUCCCGAAGAUGAUGGCAAUAUCAAAUCGAGUAGGGCACCCCGACUGGAGGUCUACACGGGCAGCUCACAAAACUAUCCAGUGAUCAAGGAAUUUCUAGAGCUGGAUCCAAACUUUGAGCCGCCGCAAGCGAAGAAAGUUUCCGCAGUGGAUUUCUCGCUGAUAUUCUUUUGCCAGUGGACCAUACCACGCAUCAGCUUCGAAAUGGAAAGCCCUGCAGAACGCAAGCAGAACAAGAUUGUUGUAACCUUUGAGGAUCUGCUGCUGAACAUGGACAAGCAUUCGGACUUUACGAAAAUCACCACCAAGGUGGAGAAUCUGGGACUCAACUACUACGAGGCCAGGCCGCAGGGACAGUGGCAAAAGAAGGAUGAAUUCUAUAUUAAAAUGCUCGGGGACAGCACCAAUUUGCCGCUGAUCAGUGUGGUGGUUACCAGCGUCAGCCUGCAGGAUUUGUACUCAAAGAUUGGAGCCAGAAAUCACCGCAACAAGCAGCACACAAUCUCUGAGCUGCUCAUCGAAGUGCAGCCCAUUGAGAUGGUCUUGGAUCUGGAUCAAAUCACUGACUUUGUCAUUCCACUGUGUGGAGUGAUAGAAAUAAUGAGGGGCAGCAAUCAGCCAACGGAACAGCGGCCAGCUGCUGAGAGUCGCGUGACAACUGUGCAGGAUCUGCCCAUGGUGCAUCUGAACAGCAAGGGAAUUUACAUUUAUCUGCCAUUGGCCACGGGCCGAAAGUGCUGCAGUGUACUGCUGCUGAGGAUUGAGAGUGUGCAGCUGACGCCCAGCCUGGAGAAUCCUUUGGUGCGCCAAUUGGUGCGGCAGGACAUCUACCAGAAAGCCGCCGAGCUGAACAUGCUGAGCACACCUGGAGCCCUGGUCGAGGAUCGUCAGUACGAGCUAAGCGUGCGAAAGGUCUCCCUGUCCACGGGCAACUGGCUGCAGACCCAAAAGUAUCACAUGGAAAAGAGUCUCGCCAGCGAGCACCACAAUCCGGCCUUCGAGUGGAACAACCAGACACGCCCCACCGAGCUGGAUCACAUGGACAUCUUCAGGGACUUUGACUUCAUCAUGGUCUAUGCCCCAGCCAUCAUCUACGAUCGUUUCUUCGUCUGCGGCCAGAGCGUGGAGUACAAUUGCGUGACGGACUUUGUGGCCACACUGACGACGCAUCAAAUUAAUUUGAUAUCCUGCAUUCUGGUGCGCUUUCAGCGCUUGCGCAGUGUCCUUGAUCAGGUGUAUGCCAAGCAGCCUUCGCUGCAGUCCAUGCCCGUGGACAUAUCGGCCAAGAGCAGUCGCCUGAGGCUGUCCCACGCCAAGCGUAGUCGUUCCAGCUUCGUGGAUGCCCGCAGCAGCAGCGAUAUCUUUAUGGGCUCCUGUCAGAGUGAUUCCGGAAUACAUAUCGCAGGGAGAAGUCGUCUAAUGGGUUCGCAGAAAUCCCAAGAGGAGCUGCAACCGAGUGGCGUGAGCUACCCGCAAAGUGUCUCCUUUGUGGCUGGCAUAUUCGUGCUGAAAAUCUACGAUGUUUUGGAGCUGGAUGACCCAGAACUGCCAGUGAUGAAGCCGCUCAUUCUGCUGACUGUCUCGCAGCCCAGCUACAUGUGCACCCAAAGCCUGAAGGCAACCAUUACGCAGGCAUCCAUCUUCAAUCUGAACGUAACUGUGGCCACUCCUGCCACGGAGACAUCGGUGGAGUCGGGAGAGUUCAAUGAGUCUGUGUUUGACACACUGCCGGGUACCCUCAGCAGCUCGGGCAUUCCCCCACCGCUGCUCACUGUGCGCUCCCAGUGCGAUCGCAUCCAUCAGACCGAAGUGGAUGUGGAGGUGCGCAAACCCAUUGUGCUGCGCCUGUGUGAGCCGAACAUUCAGCAGCUGGCCAGCGAUACCAUUCGCAUCUACACGGUGCUCCUGGAGAGUCCCUGCUUUGCGGUGCGCAGCGAGCGGCCUGUGGUGCAGGGGCCACAGCUGCGGCAAAUGAAACGAAACUGCUACAAUUCGGAUCGCUUGAAUCUGUCCUUCGAUCAGAUCAGCCUUAAGCUGUACGACGAGGAACGAACGUACAAAUGCAGCGCCGUCUGGCUGGACUUUAGCACCAGCAUCAAGUUCAAUCCGCGUCCCCAGAAGGCCGUCAUACGCUCCACGAUUGGCUCCUUCUACAUGCAGGCGGGCGAGAAGAUCUUUCUGCAUCCACUGCUGAUGCGUUUGUCCGUGGAUCUGGUCAGUGAGCCGUGGGCGGACGAUCUCCUCAUCAACGCCACGCUCAAGCUACACUUGCUGCACAUCGAUGCGAGCGCUUGGAGCAUUCUGCAGCUGCAAAAGGCACACGAAGGUCUCAGGCGUAUCCUUGGCUAUGCCCAGCGGGAGUGGCAGAGCUUCCUGCUGCAACGUCCGAUCAUGGGCACUCCAGUGGAGGUUGAACCCGGCACCCUCAUCAAGUGCAAUCCAUCGUUGGACUCGAUUGGGCGCCACAAACGUUUGCUGAAAACCAAAGCGGAGUUAUACCAGGACGACCUCCGAGCUGGCGCCUUUCAGUUUGUCUACUUGAACUCGGAGUCUGUGCUGCCCAUGCCCUACCAGGUGCAGAUUAUCAAGAAGAAUUAUGGCAUCAUUUGCUGGCGCUAUCCACAGCCACGGCAGAUGACCAGCAUUCACAUUUAUCCCAUUCCCAUGCCAGACUCCAAUCCCAUACACAUCAAGUGCCGCAUGGAAUACUUUAGUGAAACGCACGAGACAUUUCUGCACUACUGCGACUUUCAGCUGUCGGAGACAGUCACCAAGCAGCUAUCCCCGCCGGAACGUCAAAUCUGUGCAAAUAUCUGGCGCGUGGUCAUACUGCAAUCGUUGAUCUCGGUGGAUGGCACCUGCUUUGAGGGCGAUGAGGAUGAAGAUUUGCACUCUAUCGACAGCGGCCGCAUUGAUCAGUCCUUCAAGACGGAUGCCGACAACGAUUUCAUAUUGCAUCCAAAGGUGCUCGUGGGGUGCAUGCGCAUCGACACCAUCUUCCGGGCAGAGGCAGUGCCCAAGCUGCAGCUGCUGUUGUGUUGCCAGGACAUGGAAGUGAAUCUGUUGAAUCUGCCGGAUCCCAAGGGGCAACUGCCAUCCCUGCUGAAGGAAUACUCGCUGAAGCGCACCACAGAUUGCCCGCAGACCUUUCUCACCCUCCACGUGGGCGAUCUGCAGUUGCACUCGGCAGUCUAUGCCAGGAACAACUUUAGUUUGGAGACUGAUUUCCGCGCUAGGGUCAAGUGUCUGGACUAUGGCUUUCUCAACAUGCUGGACAUUAUGGAGCCCAUGAAGUUCUCCAGCUACGCGAUGUUUGCCCACUCUCCGCGCUCGCUCAAAGCGAACUUUCUGCUGGACAAGCUGCGCUUCAACUGUGCGCCCUACAUGAUCCACACGCUGCUCAGCUCCAAGCACCACUGGCAGGAGGUGCUGCGCAAGAGCGAGCUGCGUCACACGCUCAUGCCCAAGUGCGUGGUGGUCAAUCGCAUGCAGGCGGCUCUCAGCUUCGGGCAGACGGGCACAAGCGAGCAAAUAUCCCUGGCACCACACGAACUGCAGCUCUAUCACUUCCGCAGUUGUGGUCAAGGCCAAGAGCUGACUUUCUUCGUUAAGCAUCCAGAAACCAAUCAAAUGGAGGCCAGCAGUUCGCUGCACAUUGCCCUGAAGUUCGAGGAGGAGCAACGGGUCCACCAUUUGCGUGUGGGCAAGUCUUGCAUCACCAUCAACGUGGGCAAACUGUCUGCCACACAGAUCUAUAUCCUGGUUAAGGGACAGAUUGAGGUGAUCAGCAUGGUGCCGUUUGAGUUGAUUACCGAAUUCCGCCACGAGGGUAAAAGCUACGACGAGCAAACGACGCCACACGAGCACCUGCUUCGGGCCAGCGGUAGAGCCUCCUUCUACCAGACUGUGCUGCGGAAUGGAGACAUCAAUUUGCGUCUCAAAUUUGCUGCUGGUCGCGGCAAGGGACGCACUGGCGACAUUCCACUGAAGACCAACAAUAAUCUGCCUUGGCUGGUCAAGGUGCCCACGCACAACCCCAACCAGCAGUUUGUCAGCCUCUGGGUGCGCAUCUUGCGCGAGGAUGUGGUCGUGGAUGCAGCAGACUCGGAGUUUUAUCCACAGAAGAUAUUGAUUUGCAUUUGGCCCAUCUUUGAGGUGUGCAACAUGCUGAGCGGUGAGCUGCAGGCCACAGAAGAUACGACUGGGGAGAGCGCGCCGAUCGAGGCACAUGGCGGAAGGUUGUCGCUGCAAACGGCCACCACACACAGCACAGAACAUCGUAUGGGCUUUCAGUUUCCAGCUCCACUGUGCAGCACUUCCCGGGAUGAAUAUACGCUCAUGCUGAAGACCAUGGACUGGCACAAGUUCUUCUACUUCGAUCCCGCUUUGUGGACAAUUGAGAACUCUCUGCACAAGCUGGGCAAGACGCUGAAGCCCAAGUGGCCGCUCAACGAUGAUGAGGAGCUGCGCGUGCGUCGGCAUGUGCCACUGGCCAAUGCCUUCGAUGUGGAAUACCGCGUGCAGGCCACGCGGGAGUUCUCCUGCACCUUGGGACUGGACGUUUCUGCCUGGGGCAUGUUCAUCAAUGCCACGGGCUUGGACCUAAGCAUCGGUCAGGCCAACCGCGAGCGACAUCAACUCAAAGCAAACUGCCUGGAAAUGGUGCCAAAAUUGUGCGGCGUCUUCACCAUUGAUGUGCCCUUUGGCAGCAGUUGGAUUGCCUCAACGCCCAUCUACCUGGAGGAGCUGGCCAAGACAGUGGAGAAUGGCCCCAAGCGAGCGCUGAUGCUACGCUCGAGUUCCUUUGUGGAUGUUGUGGUGGUGCGCAACGAGGAGGUGCUGCGCAUGAUGCUGGAGUACCGCCUGGAGGAUGGGCGUCGUGUGUUCAAACUGCGCUCUAAGUUUGUCAUCACAAACUUUACAGAUGUCCCACUGAAUGCGCUGCCAUUGACGAUGGAUCACAAGGAGACCUCCACACGGGAGGCAGUGAAUGCGUUCAGCAUGGCCAAGCGGAAUCGCAGUCUUGUGUGUGUGGAGGGGACAAAGAAUUGCAUUGGCGUGACGGUGGAUGUUUUCUACGAUCUGAAUGCCCAGGCGGCUAAUCAUACCUGUGAUACGGCUUUUGUCUUCUUUCUGUGCUUCAGUGUGGCGGGCAGUCGUGAUGUUUCCAUACCCAUACCCCUGGCCAUACCGUUCACCAGGCGCUGCUUUAGCCUGCAAUCCGGACGGGACUCUGUGCCCUUUAUGAUCACGCUCAUCGAGAAGGAUAACGUCCACUAUCUGAACAUAUUCCGUGACACAGCGCCAGCGUUGAUCAUCAGCAAUAGCACAAAUGUAAAGUUCAUUGUGGCGCAGACGAGUGCCUCGGGGAAUAGCAAUGUAACCUGCACCAAUUCCGAGUUUGUGGGCCGGCACUUUGAGUGGAAUCAACUGGUGGCGCCGCACAGUGAAUGUUACUACACCCCGCCGCAGAUGUACGCCAACUUUCCCGAUGUGGAGUUUACCUCGUGCAAUUUGUCGCUGGCUGUUUACAAUGAGUCUUCCUGUGGCAAGCAGAAACUCGGCUGGUCAAAGCCCAUUAGAACAGACAAGUCGUGGAAGAAGUUUCUGCAUGUGCCGCAACAUGGCGAUGUGAAGGUGGUCGUCUGUGAUAAGCAUCGCGUCAUACGCGUCAACAUCUACUACAUAGCCCAGCAGCUGGAGUUCUCUGUAAAGGAUCUACGCUCGCGGCUGAAAAAGCCAGAGACACACUCGGAGCAGCAGCAAGUUCAAGAGAGCACCGUGGCAGAGGUUGAGCCUGCAGCUCCCAGCGAUCCCUUACCCUUGCCGGACAUUGCGAGCUGUGCGCACUUCAGCGAGGAAUGCCACGUCCCGCCACAGAUCAAGCUGCGAAUCUUUGUGAAGCGUUUUGUGUUCAGCCUGCAGACGGACAACCGGGAGAAGGACUACCUAAAGACGGAGGUGUGCAAUGUCUAUGCGGAUGACACAAUGCUGGCCUACGACGACGACGAGGAUCAGCGAGUGCUGCGCUUGCAGCUGCCCAAUCUGCAGGUGGACAAUCAGCUGUACUCCAGCGGCAAGUACGACUUCCCAGUGCUGCUCUGUGCGGAGCAGUUGUACAGGCGGCAUCAUGGCAUGCCGCAGGUAUACGAUCUGGAUGAGGUCUACAAGCAGCAGACUGGACCCGUCUCGCUGCUCACGUUCUAUUUGUAUCAGGACGAGCUGCAGCUGCAGGCCGUGCGGUGUCAUGUGCAACCGUUUCGUGUCUACAUUGAGGAUGCAUAUCUCAAUCAGUUGCUGGAGACGCUGGUGGAGUGUGAGCCAUCCCAUUGCGUGCACACGCCCGUCGAGGAGCAGGAGAGAAUCCUCCUGCCCGAUGGCCAGAUCCUCUUGCCCGACCAUGUCGUAGCGCAGUCUUUGUACAUUGCCGAGCCGCUGCGCCUCAACAGCUUCACCGUGGAGCCGCUGAGCUUGCUCCUGUCCGUCCACACCUCCUCCAGGCUGUACAUAGCCCUCGAUCACUCUCCACUCUCCUUCUCCCGCUACGAGCGACAGCAGAUCCUCACAGUCCCCCUGCGCUUCGGCCAAUCCCUGGGCCUGCACUACCUCAGCGGUGCCAUUUUCGGCGCUGGCUGGGUGGUCGGUUCCCUCGAGAUUCUGGGCAGUCCCAGCGGACUGGCGCGCUCCUUCAGCACUGGACUGCGAGACUUCAUCUCGAUGCCGGUGCAGGGCCUCUUCCGUGGCCCCUGGGGCUUCAUGGUGGGCGUCACACAAGGCUCUGCCUCGCUGCUGCGCAACGUGACGGCGGGCACGGUGAAUUCGGUGACCAAGCUGGCCGGCUCGGUGGCCCGCAAUCUGGACAGGCUCACGCUGGACGCCGAACACAUUGAACUGACGGAGGCCAGGCGACGUGCACGACCACAGGGCUUUGCCGAUGGCCUCACCCAAGGCUUGACGGGACUCGGCAUCAGUCUGCUGGGCGCCGUGGGAGGACUGGCACACCACACACUCGAGGCACGCAGCUCCGUGGGUGUCAUUGCCGGCUUGACCAAGGGCAUUGUGGGCGCCUUUACGAAACCCAUCAGUGGCGCGGCCGAAAUGCUGGCCCUCACCGGUCAGGGAGUGCUCCACACGGUCGGCUUCAACGCCAUGCCGCAGCAGGUGGAGCCCAGCGUCUCGCGGAACACGGCGCUCCACCCGGGCUCGUAUCGUAUAUGGAGCAGUCUGCCCGAGGAGCUGCGCCACGCUCAGAUAUUGUUGUUCUGCGAGAUCACGCUGCUCGCGAGGGAUCAUCAGCUGCGACCGGCACUGCUCUUCCUCACCACCUCGGUGCUGGCCAUUAUGGAGUCGGACAACGAUGAUCUGACCUUUGCCUCGGCAGUGAGCAAGGUGGCUGUGGCCGAGGAUCGCGAUGAUGCCACAAAGUUUUACCUUAGCCUCAAGCCCGAGCAAAUGGAGGACUUUGAAGGGCAAAUGAACUACACGAAUGAGCGGAUUAUGAAGUUCUUGAAUACCUCCAGACUGCACACGAGAGCCAACGAUUCGCUGAGUGAUAUUUUCCAGCUAAAUGAGCACGAAAUGGACUACCACCUGAAGCGCCAAACGCAAUGCAUCUUCUACAUUCAGCACAACUAUGGCAGGCAUCUGGUGCACUAUCUAAAGGUAAUCAGCCGGAUACAGGCAUCAUAGUAGACAGUAUAUCAAGCAGGGAGCUAAUCCCUGGAGUGUUUGUUUUUAUUUUCAUUUAUGUGU